UCAACCGCAUACGCAUGGUCUGUACGUAAAACGUCGACUCUACACCGAAAAGCAAUAAGUUAAUCAAUUUGCCUCCAAGGCCUGCAAAGUUACACGCGCAAUAUGCACGCCUAUAAUCAAAUAAGUCAGAGCGUAAACCAAUUCAAAGCACCGCAAAGCCUCGAAUCGUUUCUGCAACGUAAAACUUUGAACACUAACGCGAAAUCGUCGCAUAAAGUUCGCAUUAGCGUAGAGCAAAGGCAGGCUCCGCACAAGAAUUAUUAGCAUCUGGAGAAAAAUCGAUCGUCGCUUUAUAUACAUACACGCGCUACACUGGCAUACGCGUCAUACUCUAUAUACACACGGCGCAUAUAGCCGCUACAGCGUCGCCGUCGUCGCCGCCGCGUCUUUAGUAUUCGUUCCACCACCAGUGCGCGCGGUUCCACAGGUGGAAAUCGUCGCGCCGCGCUCGCGCGUUAUUUGCAUUGCGAGCCGCGCGUCUGCUGCACAUUUCGUAAUUGUAUCCUCCUUUUUGGGCUCUUCGCGCACGCCGAGAGCCGAGUGCGCGCGGCUUAUUGCUCCGGGAAAACAGCCGCGCAGGGCUUGUUUUGAUCGCGCAACAGAUGCCGUUGAGCGGGAGCUGGGAACGCUGCGUUUCGGCAAUGGGAUUAUUACCUAGUCGAUGAAUGGUGAUCGAAGAUCUUUUUGGCCCAGUGGGCCAAAUAAUAAUAUACUCUGUGAUUGCCGUCGUCCUAAUAAUAGCAAUACUAGUUAUUGCUUGCUUUGUCACUCCAGGAUGCAUCGGCUAUGAAUGUGUUAGACCACGAAAAAAAGUCGAAAAACCGGUGUCUUUGAAGUACAAUGGUAAAACCAAGGAAAAUUUGAGUCUGAACGAUGUUAGCUACAGGUCUUGGCGAUUGGGCAGUUUGUACGACACGGAGAACGGAACUAUCUGCGAAAAUUCGACGUCGCCUAGAAACUCUAUCAUCUCUGAAAAUAGUCGGUUGGAAACGAUCGACACCUCGUCAGUCGUGAAUCUCGUGCAGCCACCAAAACAAAAAAAUGGAACCAAAGAGAAACACUUUCCUACGGAAUUAACGUUGAGUCUUCGCUACUUGCCACAUUGCGAAGGGAUCACAGCUGCAAAAUUAGUUAUUGGCAUAGAGGCAUUAUCUGGUCUUCCACCAAAACAAUAUAACUGCACUUUGGAGCCUUACGUGUUCUUGGAGGUGAUCAAACAAUCUUGGACCCAUCGGAAGAAGCAGAAGUUAUAUAGUUUUAAAACCAAGGGCGUAAGACACACGGCCAGUCCAGUUUUUAGAGAAUCUUUUGUUAUAACUGGAGUAAAUCCUCAAGAAAUAAAAGAUUGGAUAUUGAACAUAGAAGCUCACGAUCACGAUCGAUAUGCGAAUCAUACGAAACUCUGCGAACUACAAGUGCCACUGAGAGAUGCCAAACGAAUCUUUUUGAGUCCGGAAACCCACCUUUUUAAUUUUCAAAUGAAGCCGUCCAAACAGGAAUACGGAAAUAUAUUACUCGGCAUAAGUUAUCUUCCGACCGCACAACGCUUAACGAUAAAUGUUAUGAAACUGCGCAACAUCAAGUUCAUGCCGGCAGUUCCGAGUGUAAACGAAUUUAAUCCGUAUGUAAGAAUCUUAAUGUUAAAUGGCAAAACCGGGAGAAGAAUUAAAAAGAAGAAAACUAAGGUGAUCCCUGCUAAUCCAGAACCUGAAUUUAAUGAAACGCUCACAUUUGAUCUGCCUGCAACUCAAAUGGAUACCUUACAGUUCCUCAUUAUCUUGUGCAGUAAAAUAACGCAAGUGGAUAACAAUGUGCCAAUGAUGAACGAAAUACCAAGCGACAGUGAAGAUUCGGUAAGCUCGUUCCAGAGACCCAAAGAUCUAUGCAUAGGCAAAAUUGCACUUGGCAAAGGAGUUCGGGAUAUGACGGAGCGGCUUCAUUGGUUUUCUGUUUUACAAAAUCCUAGAAAACUUGUAACAGUAUGGCAUACUUUGAAAUGAUCUUAUUCAAAUAUACCGUUAUGUGGAUCCUCGUAUAUGACAUGAUGAUUUUAUAUGUACUAGACAUGUACUUUUUUUAGGGUCUUGCAUAUGUUAAAAACUGUUUUCGUAUGUAAAUAUGUCAGUCUUAUUUGUUAUUAUGAAUGCUGUAUGGGAUAGAUCAAUCAGAACGUAAACAUUAUUGUUUCAUAACAAGAGUGCUAACAAACGCAAAAACAAAAAAUUCUUGUCAUACAUUUUUUAUCUCAUUGGAUAUUAUUUACAUACUGAACAAGUACAUUAUCUAAAACAUUUGUCAUCAGCACACUUAAUAAUCAAUGAAUAUCAAUAAAAUAAUUACCUUUUUUU